AUGCGAGCCAUCUUUCCACGCUUAUUGGCUCCGCCACGUCUAGAAGUGAUUCAUUUGGCUGGAAUGCAGGCUUUCUUCAUCAUCUUCGAUGAGGUGCAAGGCGAACAUGUUGCUCUCUUUGCCAUGGUCCUUUGGCAGAUUUGGAAGGACCGCAACACCGUCGUCUGGAAGGAGAUCUUUCCUAAUCCCGAUAGGUCUGUGGCUACUGCUGUUGGCUGCCGUCAAGAAUGGCUUUUGGCGAGAGCUCGGGGCACCAGACAGCACUCUGCUCUUUCUUCGUCCGCUGUUUGCUUGGGUUGGCACGAUUUGUCGGAGGGAGAUGUUCUUUGUGGAGUGGAUGCUGCCUUCUUCGAGGGUGAUAAUGCGAUGGGGCUUGGUCUGGUCUUCGGAGACCACAGCGGCAAUUUUCUCACCGGCACCUCUCUGAAAAUUCCGGGCAUGAGGAGUAUUGAGGAAGGUGAAGUUUUGGGCAUCAAGGAGGUGUUUUCCUGGAUCCAGCGCCUUGGCUAUGUUAGUGGGAUCGUGGAAUUGGAUAGUAAGCGUGCUUGCAAUGAGAUUACUUCUGGUGGAAGGAACAUUUCUGAGUUUGGUCUUCUUGCUAAAUUCUGCCGGGAGGAACUUUCUAUGCUUCCGGGUUUCUGUUUAAGACAUGUUCGUUGUGAUCAAAAUGUUAUCGCCCACGGCUUGGCGAAAGCUGCGAGAGAUUUAUAG